CCGCUCAGGAGGCGCUCCUCCAGCGCCGCAGCCCUUCGAACUCUCGGUCUCAUCCUCGUUCUCCUGUUCCGGCUCCUCCAUCUUGGCCUCGGCAGUAGCAGCUGCCGAGAGGAUGUGCCGCCUUCUGGCAGGGGGAAGAAGGAGGAGAAGAUGAAGAAGUACCGGCGGGCCUUGGCCCUAGUCUCCUUCCUCUCUCUGUGUUCCCUGGUCUGGCUCCCCAGUUGGCAUGUAUGUUGCAAAGAGAGUUCUUCAGCUUCAUCAUACUACUCUCAAGAUGACAAUUGUGCACUAGAAAAUGAAGAUGUACAAUUCCAGAAAAAGGAUGAAAGAGAGGGACCUAUCAAUGCCGAAUUAUCGGGAAAAGUGGGUUCAAGCUUACCUGUUCCUCCAGAAGAACACAAGUUAAAAGAUGACUACAUUGUGAAUGUACAAAAUACGGAGUCAAAAAAGUUAAGUCCAUCUGUGAUUGAAACACUCCCUACAGUUGAUCUACAUGAAGAUUCUUCCAGUGUAGUUGUGGACAGUGAAAACGUGGAAAAUAUUUCCAGCUCAUCUACCUCAGAGAUCACUCCAAUCUCAAAGCUUGAUGAAAUAGAAAAAUCUGGUACUGUUCCUAUAGCCAAGCCAAGUGAAACUGAGCAAUCUGAAACUGAUUGUGAUGUUGGUGAGGCCCUUGAUGCAAAUACUCCAGUUGACCAGCCAUCCUUUGUCAGUCCACCUGAAAGCCUUGUCAGCCAGCAUAUAGAAAAUGUGUCAUCUUUGCAUGCUAAAGGAAAGAUAACAAAAUCGGAAUUUGAAUCAAAAGUUUCAUCAAGUGAUCAGGGUGGUGGUGACCCAAAAUCUGCAUUGAAUGCUUCAGAUAAUUUAAAAAGUGAGAGUUCUGAUUAUACAAAACCAGGAGAAAUUGACCCUGCAUCUGUAACAAAUCCCAAAGAUCCAGAAGAUAUACCAACAUUUGAUGAAUGGAAGAAGAAAGUUAUGGAAGUAGAAAAAGAAAAAAGUCAGUCAAUGCAUCCAUCUUCUAAUGGAGGUCUACAUGCCACAAAAAAGGUCCAGAAAAAUCGAAAUAAUUAUGCUUCAGUAGAAUGUGGUGCCAAAAUUUUGGCAGCUAACCCAGAAGCCAAGAGCACAUCUGCUAUUCUUAUAGAAAAUAUGGAUCUUUAUAUGUUGAAUCCCUGCAGCACUAAAAUUUGGUUUGUUAUUGAACUCUGUGAACCAAUUCAAGUAAAACAGUUUGAUAUUGCAAAUUAUGAAUUAUUUUCUUCUACUCCUAAAGACUUUCUGGUUUCUAUCAGUGACAGAUACCCCACAAAUAAAUGGAUUAAGCUGGGUACUUUCCAUGGUAGAGAUGAGAGGAAUGUCCAGAGUUUCCCUUUAGAUGAACAGAUGUAUGCAAAAUAUGUGAAGAUGUUCAUCAAGUACAUAAAGGUGGAGUUGGUAUCACAUUUUGGAUCAGAGCACUUUUGUCCAUUAAGCCUUAUAAGGGUAUUUGGCACUAGCAUGGUGGAAGAAUAUGAAGAGAUUGCUGAUUCCCAGUACCAGUCAGAACGUCAAGAACUAUUUGAUGAGGACUAUGAUUACCCACUGGAUUAUAAUACUGGGGAGGAUAAAUCCUCAAAAAAUCUUCUUGGAUCUGCUACAAGAAAUAAAAGUAUAUCUGAGAAUGCCACUGCCACAACUGCACCUAAAAUGCCUGAAUCAGCUCCUGUUUCAACUGCUGUUCCAUCACAUGAGUUUGUAACUACUGAAGGACUUGUACAUGACACAGAGCCAUCAUCGCCAGAUACUACAAAAGAGGGUCCCAUUGUACAACUAGUUCAAGAAGAGGAAGAGGAGGCAAGUCCUUCUACAGUGACCCUUCUGGGUAGUGGUGAACAAGAGGAUGAAACGUCACCUUGGUUUGAGUCAGAGACACAAAUAUUUUGCAGUGAACUGACCACAAUUUGUUGUAUUUCUAGUUUUUCGGAAUACAUAUAUAAAUGGUGUUCAGUUAGAGUUGCUCAUUAUCGGCAACGCAGCAGAACUGCUGUGAGUAAAGAAAAAGAGUAUCUUGUGUCAGCUCAAUCACCAUUAGUACUUCCUGAAGAAUCAGUAGAUGUUUCAGUAUUGCAGCCUCCAGCUGGAGAACCAGACAGUAAGAGUAAGGAAAAGAAAGCUGAAACUAUUGUUCUAGGAGACUUAAGUAGUGUGCACCAGGGAGGUUUGAUUAAUCACACUUUAGAUGCAAUUGAACUUGAACCAAGCCAUCCUCAAACUCUUUCUCAGUCUCUUCUCUUAGAUGUUACUCCAGAAAUCAAUUCAUUAUCUAAAAUAGAAGUAUCUGAGCCUAUUAAAUAUGAGGCAGGGCGUACACCAUCACAAGUGAUUCCCCAAGAGAGUUCUGUUGAGGUUGAUAAUGAAACAGAAAAAAGGUCUGACAGUUUUAGUUCUAUAGAGAAACCAACUGUGAUCUAUGAAACAAAAAAACUUGAUGAAGUAAUGGAUAAUAUUGUAAAAGAAGACUCCAUGCAAAUUAUCACAAAGCUAUCCGAAACAAUAGUGUCACCUGUAAACACAGCUAUUGUGCCAGACAGUGAAGACGGGGAAGCCAAAAUGAACAUAGCUGACACACCAAAGCAAAUUUUGACUCCUGUUGUGGAUUCUUCUUCAUUACCUGAAGCAAAAGAGGAAGAACAGUCUCCAGAAGAUGCCCUUUUAAGAGGGUUACAGAGGACAGCUACAGAUUUUUAUGCUGAAUUACAAAAUUCUUCAGAUCUAGGAUAUGCUAAUGGAAAUCUUAUACAUGGAUCAAACCAAAAGGAAUCAGUGUUUAUGAGACUUAAUAACCGUAUUAAAGCCUUAGAAGUUAACAUGUCUCUCAGUGGUCGCUAUCUGGAGGAACUUAGCCAAAGGUACCGAAAACAAAUGGAAGAAAUGCAAAAGGCUUUCAAUAUGACAAUAGUAAAACUUCAGAAUACUUCAAGAAUAGCAGAGGAGCAGGAUCAGCGGCAAACUGAAGCCAUCCAGUUGCUACAGGCACAACUGACCAACAUGACACAGCUUGUUUCAAAUUUGUCAACAACGGUAGCAGAAUUAAAACAUGAGGUUUCAGAUCGACAAAGCUAUCUUGUCAUAUCUUUGGUUCUCUGUGUUAUCUUGGGACUGAUGCUUUGUAUGCAGCGUUGUCGAAACACUUCUCAAUUUGAUGGAGAUUAUAUUUCAAAACUUCCUAAAAGUAACCAGUAUCCAAGCCCUAAAAGGUGUUUCUCUUCCUAUGAUGAUAUGAGUUUGAAAAGGAGAACUUCAUUCCCACUUAUCAGAUCCAAGUCUCUACAAUUAACUGGGAAAGAAGUAGACCCAAAUGAUCUGUACAUUGUAGAACCCCUCAAGUUCUCUCCAGAAAAAAAGAAGAAACGCUGCAAGUACAAAACUGAAAAAAUUGAGACCAUAAAGCCAGCACAUCCAUUGCACCCUAUAGCCAAUGGCGACAUAAAAGGAAGAAAGCCUUUUACGAACCAGAGAGAUUUUUCUAAUAUGGGAGAAGUUUAUCACUCUUCUUAUAAGGGUCCUCCGUCUGAAGGAAGCUCAGAAACUUCAUCACAGUCAGAAGAGUCUUAUUUUUGUGGCAUUUCAGCUUGCACAAGUCUGUGCAAUGGACAGUCCCAAAAGACAAAAACUGAGAAGAGGGCUUUGAAACGAAGGCGGUCUAAAGUCCAAGACCAAGGAAAAUUGAUAAAAACUCUCAUACAGACUAAGUCAGGAUCAUUGCCAAGCCUGCAUGACAUAAUCAAAGGAAACAAAGAGAUCACCGUGGGAACACUUGGUGUUACAGCAGUCUCGGGACAUAUUUAAAAUUAAUCGAACUUUUCAUACUGGAGACUUUUGUUGUUGUUCUUUGAAGAACAGUCUGUGGUAUUUGAAGGGUUUGGGGGAGGGAGAAAAUAUUACUGGGAAAAGUAUUCAGAAAUUAUGAUUCCUGCCUUUUUAAAAAGUAGGUGGGAUUGUGUCAAUCUUGGUUAGUGAGCUGCAGUUUUACAAGGCUGAUCACUUCCUACAAGGACAAUGGUAGACAUUUUAUAAAGAUUUUUUUCACAGAUUAAUUACUGGGACAAAAGUAAUUCGGAAGCCCAGUUCCUUGGGUGGGAUAGGAAUGAAAGCCUAAACCUCUUCCUUUAGCUUUGUUCCUACUUCUUGCACCUUCCCAUAUUUAUGUGCCUUUUGUCUAUUUAUAAUGCCACUGGAAGAGGAGGGAGAACUUUUCCUGUCAUUUGAUUUCUUUUAUAACUUUGUUAGUUUUUUGAAGCUGCAAACACUACAAGGCUUUAAUGUGAUCUGCGCCUGGAGUUCAGUAAAGAUCAGUAAAGACAGUGUAAAGAUCCUAAAGACUUGGCCAACUAGACCUCUGUUUAGCAAACUCACUUGAAACAGACACUUGAUGGAAUUUUUACAUCUUUUUUUUUAGGUAAGUGGUGAUGCUUUUGAUGUUAUUUUCAUUUAACUUAUUCACACUAGUUUUCUUUGGUUACUAAUUCAAUGAGAAGGGGAAGAAAAAAACGACAGGAUCUUUUCUUGAAAAUAACUAGUACUUGCAAAUAAUUGUUUUAUAAACUCACCUUUUAAACACAUUUAGCCACUUUUAAGGGUUUUCUUUAGCUACAUUACAUUUUCAACAUUCACAAUAAGCACUAAUCCUCCCAACUUUCAGAUCACUGUUUUCUCUUACAAAUGGAAAAUUCAAAGGUUCGUCAAAUGAGUCCAGGUCUCAUAAUCACUGCCUAUGUAUAUAUGCACAGAACCAGCUAGUGAGUUUGUCAAGCCUUGUCUAAUUGGUCAAGUCUAAAGGGAUUAUUAUUCCUUGAUGUUUGCUUUGUACUGGCUACAAAUGUGCAGAGAUAUACAUGUGUGAUGUCAAUGGGUUUGUCUUCGUCUUUUUUCUUUAAAAAUAAUUGGCAGUGACUGUAUUUGAAUCAAAUGAUUUCUUAAGUAUGUGUUUGUACAGUAAUGAGUGAAAGUGGAAAGUUUCUUUUUGAAAGGGAGAGAAUUGACCGUUUUGUGUUGCAAGAUUUAAGUUAUUGAGCACUUUUAGUAAUAACUGUUUUUCAACUUGUCUAAUACCUUUCUGGGGGUAUUGGUUGUAAUGUGACUUAUUUAAAGCCUCUUUUGUUUAAGUUGCUGCUUUAGGUUAACAGUAUGUUUUAGAUGAUUUAAAAUUUUUUCCAAUCUGUACAAUUAGCCAUUCAGAGCAAGAGGGCCUGAUUGUAUAGAAACCCAUUGAAAAGAGGUCCAGAUGAGAGCAGAGGUAGAGCGGGAAGUUACACCAUCUGUGUGCAGCAUCCAGGGUUGUGGAAAGAAGACUUUCAAUAUGUAACUACGGAGCUGUAGUGCCAUUAGAAACUGUGAAUUUCCAAAUAAAUCUGAACACUUGUCUUUAUUAA